GUUCCAUCGGCCAAGCGGCUCCCGCGGGCGGGCAUGAAGCGCUGGUGGGGCAACCUGGCGCCCGCGGCGGCCUCGCUGGCUCUCGGGCUGGGCUUGGGCGCCGCCUGGUCCGGGGGGCAGAACCGGGAGUCCGCGGAAGGGCUGCUGGCGCGGCUGCCCGUCGUGCCGGUGCUGGCGGCGUCGUCGUCCUUGGAGGCGGGCCGGGGCGGCGGCGGCGGCGGCGGCGAGCUGGCCAAGUACGGCCUGCCGGGCCUGUCUCAGCUGCGGAGCCGCGACUCGUACGUGCUGUGCUACGACCCGCGAGCCCGGAGCGCCCUCUGGGUGGUGGAGCGGCUGGACGCGGCGGCCCUUCGCGGCUCCUCCGAGCGGGCCGCCUGCGACUUCCGCGAGGACGACUCCAUCCACCCCUAUCACCGCGCCAGCAACGCGGAUUACCGGGGCAGCGGCUUCGACCGAGGCCACCUGGCGGCCUCCGCCAACCACAAGUGGAGCCAGAAGGCCAUGGGGGACACCUUCUACCUGAGCAACAUCGCCCCCCAGAAUCCUCAUUUAAAUCAAAACGCCUGGAAUAACUUGGAAAAAUAUUCUCGGAGUUUAACGAAGACUCACCAGAAUGUUUAUGUCUGCACCGGCCCGCUUUUCUUACCCAGGAUGGAGCCGGAUGGGAAGAUGUACGUCAAGUACCAAGUCAUUGGGCGGAACCACGUGGCCGUCCCCACCCACUUCUUCAAGGUGCUGAUCUUAGAAAAACCCCAGGGGGAAGUGGAGCUGCAGUCUUACGUCAUGCCCAACGCACCCAUAGAUGAGAACAUCCCCCUGGAACGCUUCCUGGUCCCCAUUGAGAGCAUCGAGCGGUCCUCGGGCCUCCUCUUUGUCCCCAACAUCAUGAAAAAGACCACCAGAUUGAAAGCCAUCACGGCGGGGAGCUCGGCCUGAUGUCCCCCCCGCAGAGAGGCAGACUGCCAGCCGUCAAAACAACCUCCCCCCGCCACCCCGUGAGUGGCAUCUGAAUAGAGGUAGUCCUUGCAAUGGAGCCCAAAAUCUCCGCUGUUAAGCGAGACAGUUCUUUCGGGCGGUUUGGCCCCCCGUUUUUCACGAUGUUACCUGCUGCCGUUUUUUUUUUUUUCAAGCGGAUCGUUGCCAUUGUUAAAAAAGUUGGUUCAUCUGGACUUCCCGGUGGAUUUUGCUUGUGGCAAACGGGGGAUCGCCUAACUCUGCAUCCGUCAUAAAUGUGAGUUGGCUGCCAGGCCGCAGGGGGCGUACUGAAUUUUGAUCACGUGACCACAGGGAUGUGCAACGGUCGUUAAGUGCGUGAAAAAAGGGGAAGAACGUUUAGUUUCUUUUAGAAACAGCAAGGGAA